GCUUCAGUAACUUCAAGCUGAUUACAAAUCGUUUUAUUCUGUUUGUUUGCUUGUUGAUCUUCUAGAUCCGUUAUGCAGCUUUGUGGAGUUUGUAGCGAACAUGUUCCUAAAUACAGAUGUCCAGCCUGCAGAAUCAGAUAUUGUUCAGUGAGUUGCUUUAAAAGACACAAAGAUGAUGAUUCAUGUCAUCCAGUUAAAGAAUCAGAUUCAGCCUCCAGCAGCUCAACAGCAGUGAGCAGCGCUGCACAGCCGUGGACUGUCGAGGAUGUUCUUGAUGAAGACAGUCACACUGACAAAGUGCCAUUACAGAAACUUCAGCAGCUCGCUGAUUCAGAGGCGUUGAAGGGUCUGUUGAGGAAUCCUCAUCUCCGCCGGUUAAUGAUGUCCGUGGACUCGGCUGAAGAUAAAGCCAAAGCCACGAAAGACGCCAUGCAGGAGCCGCUGUUCGUGGAGUUCGCUGAUCAGUGCUUAAAAAUUAUUGAACCGACAGAAGCAGAGCAUGACAAUGAUGAAUUCUGAUUGGAUCGAACUGUCACAUAAGUUUUCACACAAAUGUUAAUGCAAUCAUGUAAAAUGUUGUACUAAACCAAGGUCUUUUGAAUGCCAACAAUGUCUUAAAGGAAUAGCUCACCCC